GUCCUCCCUCUAGAUAUAAGCCGGCCUCUUGGCUCUAGCCUCUAGCUAGCUGUAGAGCUCAUCGCAAGUUGCAACAAUGGCUGCUGUAAAGCUUGCUGCCUUUGUCGUGGUAGCAUUGCUCGGUUGUAUGGCUUACACAUGCCAAGCGAGCUACGGGUAUCCCAACCCAAUGCCGCCCAUCAUAAGCCCGACACCUCCUACGGCACCGGCGCUCACACUGGACUACUACAGCUAUUCCUGCCCUAAUGCGGAGGCAAUUGUCAGGGAGGCCGUAAAGAACGCCACAGCCAACAAUCGCGGCAUCGGCGCUGGGCUCAUCCGCCUCUUCUUCCACGACUGUUUCGUGAGGGGUUGUGAUGCCUCGGUUCUCCUAGACCCAACGUCGGCCAACCAGGAGCCGGAGAAGCUUGGCAUCCCAAACUUCCCAAGCCUCCGAGGCUUCGAGGUGAUAGACGCCGCAAAGGCGAAGCUUGAGAAGGAAUGUGGUGGGGUUGUCUCGUGCGCUGACAUCGUCGCCUUUGCUGGACGCGAUGCCACCUUCUUUCUCAGCAACGGUGUGGUAGACUUCAAAAUGCCUGCUGGUCGCUAUGACGGGCGAGUGUCGUUCGCCAACGAGACCCUCCGUGACCUGCCCCCUCCCUUCGCCAACGUCAAGGUGCUCGAGGCCAUGUUCGAAGCCAAGGGGCUCGACCUCGACGACAUGGUCACCCUCUCCGGCGCGCACACCAUCGGUAUCUCUCAUUGUUCAUCCUUCGCUGACCGCCUUCCAGCUAACCCAUCAGACCCCACGUCUAUGGAACCCACGUUGGCUAGCUCCCUACAGCAGACAUGCAACCGCGGUGGUGACCCUGUGGUGGUGCAGGACGUCGUUACCCCCCGUGACCUGGACAGACAGUACUACCAGAACGUUCUUGACCGUAAAGUGCUGUUCAAAUCGGACGCCACGCUGCUGCAGUCGCCGCAGGCACUCAAGGCUGUGGAACACAACGCCAAGAACCCCGGGAAGUGGGAGCGAAAGUUCAAGCAAGCAAUGGUUAAGAUGGGCAACAUCGAGCUCAAGACCAAGGCCAACGGGGAGAUCAGAAAGCAGUGCAGGUUCAUCAACUAGCUAGAGCGCCGAUAAUCUGUACCUCGUAUUGACUCAGGAGGCCGGCCGGAGACUGAUCAGAACAAGCUCGUGCUUUUGUUCGAAUAUUAGCUUAACAGCUCCGAUAAUUGUUUUAUCAGUCCAUGUUUUGCUUCUUUCACAUCUGUAUCGAAAGUAUUGGAGUAAUUUAUUUUGAGAUGAUAUUGUCAAACUA